UGUGUGCGUACGGUACGGAGGAAGCGAGGAAGAGGAAAAGAAGAGCGUGUGUGUGUGUACGGUACGGUAGCCGCUAGUGAGUGACUGGACGGACGGACGGUCAGGUCGGUCGGCUGGCCGGUGAUCGGUGGAGUGGUCGGUCAUGACGGUGCCUCUGCUGAAGAUCGGCGCGGUGCUCAGCACCAUGGCCAUGGUCACCAAUUGGAUGUCCCAGACGCUGCCCUCGCUGGUGGGGCUCAACGGCACCCUCUCCCGCGGGGGCACCUCCGAGAGGAUCGUCAGCGCCCUGUACCCCAGUCCAGAGGAGGGAUGGCAGAUCUACAGUUCGGAUCAGGAUCCGGAUGGGAAGUGUCUGUGUACGGUGGUGGCUCCGGCCCAGAACAUGUGCAGCCGAGACCCACGCAGCAGACAGCUACGUCAGCUCAUGGAGAAGGUUCAGAACAUCACCCAGUCGAUGGAGGUGCUUGACCUGCGGACGUACCGAGACCUUCAGUACGUCAGAGAUACGGAAAACCUGAUGAAGACCGUGGACGGCAAGCUGAAGACGGCCUCCGACAACCCACGCACUGUCAACCCCAAGAGCUACCAGGAGCUGAAGGACAAGAUGACUCAGCUGCUCCCCCUGCUGCCGGUGCUGGAGCAGUACAAGGCGGACGCAGGCAUGAUCCUGCGGCUCCGGGACGAGGUGCGCAACCUGUCGCUGGUGCUGAUGGCCAUCCAGGAGGAGAUGGGGGCCUACGACUACGAGGAGCUGAGGCAGAGGGUCCUGCUGCUGGAGACCAGGCUACACUCCUGCAUGCAGAAGCUGGGCUGUGGGAAGCUGACGGGAGUGAGUAACCCCAUCACCGUGCGCGCCUCUGGCUCAAGGUUCGGCUCCUGGAUGACAGACACCAUGAUCCCCAGCUCAGACAACCGGGUCUGGUCGAUGGACGGCUACUUCAAGGGCCGUCGUGUGCUGGAGUUCCGUACCAUGUCCGACUUCAAGAUCGGCCUGAACUUCGUGCAGCACCUCCUCCCGCACCCCUGGGCCGGCACGGGCCACGUGGUCUACAACGGCUCGCUCUACUACAACAAGUACCAGAGCAACAUCAUCAUCAAGUACCACUUCCGCUCGCGCAGCGUGCUCGUCCAGCGCAGCCUGAGCGGCGCCGGCUACAACAACACCUUCCCGUACUCGUGGGGCGGCUCGUCCGACAUCGACCUGAUGGCCGACGAGAACGGCCUGUGGGCCGUCUACACCACCAUCCCCAACGCCGGCAACAUCGUGGUGAGCCGGCUGGAGCCGCAGAGCCUGGAGGUGCUGCAGACGUGGGACACGGGCUUCCCCAAGCGCAGCGCCGGCGAGGCCUUCAUGAUCUGCGGCACGCUCUACGUCACCAACUCGCACCUGGCGGGCGCCAAGAUCUACUUCGCCUACUACACCAACACGUCGACGUACGAGUACACGGACAUCCCCUUCCACAACCAGUACUCGCACAUCUCCAUGAUGGACUACAACCCUCGCGAGAGGGUGCUCUACACCUGGAACAACGGCCACCAGGUGCUCUACAACGUCACCCUCUUCCAGGUCAUCAAGACCUCGGACGACUGAGCUGUCGGGUGGAGCCGUGCCGUGGGUGUGUGUGUGGGGGUGUGUGUGUGUGUACAUGUAUAGUACAGUGCAGUACACUGCAGUACAGACAGGGUCACAGGGUUGGGUUGGGUCGGGUUGGGUCGCUCUCACUCACUCGCUCGUCCAGGUGACUCGGUGGUGCAUGCACAGGCACAUACUCAAAUCCACACAAACACACACAUACAGACAUUA